AUGUUUCCAGUAUAUUAUACGGAUGCGCAAGCACUGAAUGACCCCAUAACGCAAUAUAUCGAAGGAAGACUCGGUAAUCGAAGGAUAUUCUGGUGUCCAAGCGGUUACGGAUACCUGGCGUAUUGUCCGCAACCGACCGAUUGGGACAAUUAUAACUGGUGUUGUACAUGGCCAUAUAUGGGAUCAUGGAAACCGUCGUGUUGUCCGUUUGCCAUACCGACUGGAGCCAUGGUGGCAAUUAUUAUUGCUUCCAUAGUACUACUUGCAGUUCUAAUCGCCCUAUCGUGUUGGUGCUGUUACUGUUGUCCUCUCUAUAAGCAACUAUACGAAUAUGAAGAUGAUUAA